GGGCAAUUUCGUCAGCACACUAUUCAUUUGCUCGGCACUUUUAUAAAGGGGUAUAGAAUAGAUAUACUGUAGAUUUAUUGAUCGAAGCUUCUUUCCCAUGGCUUCCGAAUCCCCCAGUGCUGUUCGAAAGGUUGUUAUUCACUUGAGGGCUACUGGUGAUGCUCCCAUUCUCAAGCAACAAAAAUUCAAGGUUUCUGGCACCGAUAAAUUUGCUAGUGUUAUUGAUUUUUUACGUCGUCAACUUCACAAAGAUACCUUGUUUGUUUACAUCAAUAGUGCCUUUUCUCCAAAUCCAGAUGAAUCGGUGAUAGAUCUCUACAAUAACUUCGGAAUUGAUGGUAAGCUGGUUGUCAAUUAUGCUUGUUCCAUGGCUUGGGGCUGAAUCUGGUGGUGAAUUGGUGAUGUCUGAUUGUUGUUAUGGCUAUAUCAUAUUACCAAAAUGUACAUUCAGCUUGCUUAAUGAAGUUCUUCGCUGCUAUAUGAGGAAAAUCUCAAGGUGAUGGUUUAACUGAUAGAUUUUGAUUUGUGUCUUUCUGAAGCAUGCUGGUUCUCUCUGUCUACCUUUAGUGUGUCAUAAUGCAGCAAUACACAUUAUUUUUUCUUGAUUUCACUUGUAAAGUUGACAUGAUUUUUGUUAAUGUUUGUAAAAAGCCAAAGAAUUAGUUUUGUAAAAACUUCAGUCCUGCAUCUUGUUCGUUUUCCUUCGUCUUUCUUUCUUUGAAACUAAAUGUCUGUAAAAAAGCCGAUUAGUUUGCUUUGUAAAAACUUCAGUUCUGCUUAGUGCUCAUUUUCCUUCAUUCCUGAUUUAAAA